AUGAUUAGACUGGUAACUAUUAAGCAACCACUGAUGUGAAAAUGUCAGUAUGUCAGUUCUAAAUCAUGUCUCCCUUCUGGAGGUUCCGUCGACCGUUGCAUUAUAAUUGCGUCUUUUCUUUUAGGUGGCGUUCAUGGCUCUGGUUUGUGUCUUGCAGUGUCAAGAAGCCCGAAUCAUGUCAUGAAAAUCGAGACAGUCCAUUUGGUGGCUGAUGAAGAGCUGAUACCAAAUGCUAUACUCGACAGCUACUGGGAGAUGCUCUUACAGAGUAACCCACAAUUCGGAUGGUAACCUCUCCGUUAUCUCCAAGAUUUGAUUGGAGGCGUCUCAAAGAAUGUGCAGGAAUUCUCGUGAUUUGUUUCCUCACCUCUACGCGUGAAUUUAUGUCACUCUUCUUUUCCAGGUUUGACAUUUUCUCUGUUUAAUGUCUCAUGUAUUUUGUUAUAAGUUCUGUGAGGCAAUCGGGGGGGAAAAUGACAUUUUUGGUCACUUUUCUUUCAUGCAGCCAACUAAGGAACCCAAAUUAUUAGAAACGGAAUGAUGCACUAAUAACUGAUUCCAUUGCAAAUACUGCAACACAUGGGCAGAAUAAAGAAAAACUUAACCUCACUGAAUUUUGGAUGUAGCUUUUCUUUAUUGGUUCUCCUACGUAGGUAUUCAUAACGCUUUGUAGUCUCGCAGUCUGCGAUGAUGAAUUUAUAUAUUUACCAGUAUAAAUAAGAGAUGUGUGUACUUAAAGAUAACGGAAGGCUUACUGUACAUGAGCAGUGUUAAUCAUUAAGAUACCUGCGUAAAGUUGCACUUGGAUUGACACGCGAAAUAAUCUUGAAUAACUCCAAAACGAUAGCAGCACAAACGAACAAUGUAAUGUUAUAAACCAACUGAGACCAUUUUCCCAGAGUUUUCCGUGUGGUGAGGGGCCAACUUUACGCCGGUUGAGAAAGAUAGAAAGAGUGUGAUGAAUGUGUCGUAAUAGUGUGGGACACAGUUCUCUGGUUGUGAGGGCCAGUGGGCGGACUGUUGCCAGGACUCCUUUCCAACCUUCCCCCCUCCCCCUCGCACCCCACUCCACUCCGCCCUAAACAGCUUCCAGUCCACGAUGGAGCUGCAGACAUAGCAGACAGGACACACAGUCGCCCUGUUCUGUCGAAACUUUCUUCACACAUGGGGAACUUUGCCUGCUGGUUCGCCUCCCAGUGUGGUGUCACACCAACAGACAUCUUUCAAGGUUGUACAGCUGCAGCCAUACUCGUUGAAGGCGUUUGGAUAGCACUCUCCAGGAAAUCUUUACAGAGCAAGGCUAGUCUACUAUUUUUCUUUAUAUACAGUAUACACUGUAGAUAGAUAGAUAGAAAAAUAAAUAUUGCACAUUUUCAUUUUAUAUAUUCAGUUUUAGGUGCUGAAAAAGCAAGAGUGCAGGGAAAAAAUAGUACUAGCUUCAAAGGUUGACACUACUCCUUUUGACAUUCACUAAGUAAAAAGUGACUCUAUAUCUAUAUAUAUAUAUAUAUAUAUAUAUAUAUAUAUAUAUAUAUGGUGGCUGGUGAGGCCAGCCAUGAUGUACGGAUUAGAGACAGUGGCACUGAAGAGACGUCAGGAAGCAGAGCUGGAGGUGGCGGAAAUGAAGAUGUUGAGGUUCGCUCUCGCAGUGACCAGGUUGGAUACAAUUAGAAAUGAGGUCGUCAGAGGGACAGCCGAGGUUCGAUGUUUUGGAGACAAAGUUAGAGAGAGCAGACUUGGAUGGUUUGGACACGUCCACAGGAGAGAUAGUGAGUAUACUGGUAGAAGGAUGACGAGGAUGGAGCUGCCAGGCAAGAGAGCCGGAGGAAGACCAAAGUGAAGGUUGAUGGAUGUCGCGAGGGAAGACAUGAGGGCAGUUGGUGUUGGAGAGGAGCAUGCAGGAGAUAGGCUCACAUGGAGAAGGAUGACACCUAACAAGCCGAAAGGAAUAGAAGAAGUAUAUAUCUAUGUAGACAAUAUAUUCAAGCUCUCAAAGUUAAAGCGGUAACUCGCCAAAAAUGACUGCAUUAAUCAUGUAUUAACUCAGAUUAAUCACACAAUUUCCAUUCACUUAACUGUGAAUGGAUAUCUGAAAUCCGAUGCGGGUUGCUUUGAGGUCAGUGCAAAGAUAAGUGAGUAGACUCCGACUGGUGUGCUCGGUGGCGAAUUUUGCUUCAAAAAGUCGACUCCGAUGGGACUUUUCAAAGAAGCUUAGGUCAUUUGCAUAUAGUGCAACGCUCUUUUCAUCGAAGCACAACAAAUUAAAAAUACAAUCUCAAAUCAAAAUGUGGCACUAUGUGUUGUAUAUUUGGCACCGAAUUCAGAAGUGUGAUUAGUCUGAUUUACAAAAUUGCUAAUAUAUGUAUGUCACAACAGCAAUGUAAAUUGGCUUUUAGUGUAUUGUAUGUCAGUGACUGUGAUCGUCACUUUAUCCACUCAAAUGCUUAUCUUUUUGUCUUUUUGUUGUUGUUUUUUACCUUUUCUAGAAUGAAAAUAAGAUGUGGCUGCUACAUACAUAGAUUGAGACACAGGUGCUUCCUGUUUCUUCUGUGUCUGGUGGCCGUGUGCUUGCUCAAGCUGGUCUACCUCAAAGUAACGGUGAGGGAGGGGGCCUAUAUUGACCCUUAUGGACUCACUGACAGGCUAUCUGGAGUUCACAACCACACGUACGAUGUCAACUGCACCGCCAUCUACGAGCUUGACCCGGUGGAAAUAGGCAAAGCUCUUGAGAUUGAACAAAAAGUCAUUGUCGCCGUGGUUGAUGAGAGCACUGUGAGUCUAACCUCGGACUGUCCGUCAUUUAUGAAAACAAGACGUUAUGAUGGUGUUCUGAUAUCAGAGGUAGAGCGCAACUUUCCGCUGGCUUACUCCCUGGUGGUGCAUAAAAAUGCACCCAUGGUGGAGCGUAUUCUUCACGCCAUCUAUGCACCUCAUAACAUCUACUGCAUUCACUAUGACCAAAAGUCUUCUCCAGCGUUUAUUAGGGCCAUGGAGAACCUCGCUCAGUGUGUGCCUAAUGUGUUUGUUGCCUCAAAACUGGAGUCUGUUAAAUACGCCCAUAUCAGCAGACUUAAUGCCGAUCUCAACUGCCUCUCUGACCUGCUGAGGUCAGAGGUCAAAUGGGAGUAUGUGAUCAAUCUCUGUGGCCAAGACUUUCCUCUCAAGUCCAACUAUGAACUAGUGAGGGAACUCAGGAAGCUGAGCGGCAGUAACAUGCUUGAGUCGAGUCGCCCCAGCGAACUGAAGAAACAACGCUUCAGCUUUCAUCACGAGCUAAAGAAUGUGCCGUAUGAGUACCAGCGUAUUCCUGUGAAGACUACUUUGGCCAAGGAUCUUCCUCCACAUGGAAUCAUGGUGUUCAUUGGGAGUGCAUACUUUGUCCUGUCGCGGGAGUUCGUGAAUUACAUAAGCAGCAAUGGAGUGGUGAAGGACUUUCUGGCAUGGUCAGCAGACACUUACUCACCUGAUGAACACUUCUGGGCCACCCUUGUCAGGAUGCCAGGCGUGCCAGGACACAUUUCUAGGUCAGAACCAGAUGUUACCGACUUAAAGAGUAAGACGCGACUUGUUAAAUGGAACUAUUUAGAAGGGAAUUUGUAUCCACCCUGCACAGGUACACACAUGAGAAGUGUCUGCAUCUAUGGAGCUGCAGAACUUCGUUGGCUCCUCAACGAUGGUCAUUGGUUUGCCAACAAAUUUGACCCCAAAGUUGACCCGGUCUUGAUCAAGUGUUUGGAGGAGAAGCUGAUUGAACUGCGGCACUAUGUGUAAAGAUUAAACAAACUUUUAAUGAACUGAACGUGAAAGCUUGGGUGAAAAUGUGCCUUUCGAUUUUUAAAACUACUGUCACUAUAAAUGUUCUCGUCAUCUUUGAUACAUGAUCACAAAAUUGAAGUUUCGAAUGCAACUUUCUGUAUGUAGUGCUGCCCCCCUUUUUGGCAAUAAAAAAAACACACAAUAAGUCACAUCCAGGUAACAUACUGCAACUUUAGUCUCUGAAAGACAAAAAAAAAAAAAAGGUCCUUACCCUAUU